AUGAACAAAGUGACAGGAAACAGGUACGCUUACGCAAAGCAGUACAAAAGCACCGUCAAAUUUCAAGUGAUUCGGUCAAGCCAACGCGCCUCUUACAUAAAAUGUGCGGCCGCCUGCCUUAAUGAAGAAAACUGCAGAUACUUCAGCUAUACCAGAGACACCAGACAGUGUGAACUGAGCGAUGAAUCAAUCGUUUCAAUCAACGAAGAGAACUUGACAUACCACAGGAGAAGCGGUGACUCCUUUUGCUCUCUGGAAGGACCUCUUGGGAUGGAAGAUGGAUGCAUCCCUGAUGAAAGCAUCACAGCUUCGUCUUUUUAUGGAAACCUCGGCUCUCACGCCCCAGUCAGGGCUAGACUCAAUACUGAAGGAUAUGCCGCAGCCUGGUGCAAUGAUGCCACAUCUGACAAUAUUAGUCCAUGGAUACAGGUUGACUUCAAUAGAAAAGUCACAGUCACUAGUCUGAUCUCGCAGGGGCGUGGCGAGUACUACUAUUACCAAAGGGUGACGAAGUAUCAAGUAACGUACAGCAACGACGGUCAGUCCUGGGACCACGUGACUGAUGCAUUAGGUACACCAAUGAAGUUCCCCGGCAACAAGGACGCUAACACCCCGGUAGCUUCUACUUUGCCAUUCGCCUUGCGCACCAGAAUCCUGCGCAUUAAUCCAACUGAAUGGAACAACCACUGCUGCAUGAGGUUUGAAGUGAUUGGUUGCUUUUAG